CUUGUCCUGGCCGGCCCUCAUCCAAAACCCAGAUACCCUCAGAUUAGCGGCCAAGAUCGAUUCCAUUCAAAACUACUUGCAUUUCUCUCUUACCUCUUUCUCGCCUCAAACAACCCCACGCCAUCUCAUCUCUUCCACCCCCGAUCGAUUUGUUCCCUGCGCGCGCCCUCACACACCCGCAGUACCGCUCUGCUCCUCCACUCCAACAGUGUACCUCGAUCCUUAGCUGCACCUAUUCCUCAGUCAACAUAUCAUUGUCCCCGUUGGCAGGGUAGCCUUGUCCUUCUCAAGGGAUACGGUAUGCUAUCGCUCAUACCAGCUUUCUUGUCCAUUCAACGACUAUAGUAUUCAAAACCGAUCUACCCACACCCACUUAUAUCAUACUUCAUGAACUUCCACAUCCAGCCUAUCCCCGAACAGUCCUCUGCGUCGUUGUGGCCGCGAAACGAAUGACCAAGGCAUGGACAAUGCCAAAGUAAAUGGCUCACAGGGAUCCAUUUUCGAACGCCAGUCAAUAUGUCUCCACAGUCCCAAUCCUGGGGUUCCUACCCAUGCGGGAGAGGACGGCUUCGAACAGACCCUCGCCAAUCAUUAUACAUCCGCCGAGAGCAUCGCCCUCGAGAAACUCACUCAGUUGAAACGCCAGCUCAACACACCCGACAUCGAGGCAUUCUGGAAACGGUUAAUGGAGGGCAUGACCGACUUGUGUGGUUCCCAGUAUGCCUUUGUGGCCAAGCGAGUCCUGGUGGAUGAUCAUGACUCCAACAUUGAGAUGCCUCCGAUUGGCGAACAUGGCUCUUGCUUGUUGGGCGUCGCCUUCUAUUACAACGACGGUGACAAGAACAAGGCCCUGCAUCGUGACUACAAAUAUAUGGCUUGGAAUUGUCCCUGUGCCCACAUGAAGCAUGACAAGGUCUUCCUCAUCCCCAAUAACAUGACCACCUUCAUCCAACACAACCCUAACGCCUUCCCUUUUCCUGCCGAGGCCUACAUUGGUAUACCCUUGUUCCAGAAUCAAAAAUGUUUUGCUCACUUUGGCUUGAUGUGGUCUGAACAAGGUCUGUCCCAACAAAAAUUAUCUUGGGCAAACAUCGAGAUGCUGUUGCAUUCGUUGGAAGAUAUCAUUGUCUCCAGAUUAAUCAGCGGUCUCGGGUUUGCAAAGCCUCAGAGUAUCGACAUGCCUCCUCCACAACACGUCAUCCCUCGAGGCGCUGUCAAUGGCGCCAAUUCCCUCAAACCUUAUGCCAAAAGCCUAUCUCACGAGUUGAGGACUCCAAUGCAAGGUGUGGUUGGAAUGUUAGAUGUCAUGCAUGCCACCGUACAAGAGCAGAUUGAAGGCCACUCGAGUGCCACGGUCCGGAGAGUGUUCCAAACACUCAAAGAGAACAUCGAGACGGUGCAAGACAGUUCCAAACGUGCUGUUGAAGCCGCAGAUAACGUGGUACACGCAUACGACAUGAACAUGCAAGUCCCAGGUACACCCCUCAACGAAAAUGAUUCUCCUGCGGCGGCAGGGGGAACCGCCAGCUACUUUGACUACCAACCCUCCAAGCUUAUCGAAGGAAGCAACAUUCACGUCAACGGCUACAAAAGAAGACGCAGUAGUCCGACAUCAUGGCAGUUUGGCAAUGCUACAAAAAUACGUCAAUUAACCUCUCAUGAGCGCCACGACGUUUCACCACGACGCGUUCAUGAUGACUUUUCUCUGGACCGCUCCACAUCUCCUCGAUUCAAUUCUGACGAUCGAAUUCCCUUGGUCUUUACACCCUUGCCAGAUGGCACGCCUACGGAUUUGACAACACCAUCUACCAAGAUCUCCGAAUCGGAUACUCUCCUCACCCCCGGAUCGAAACACUGUCAAAUCAGGGAACUCAUUCCCACAAUCAUUCACGAUGCAUUACGAGUUGGGGGCAGACCUGAUUCUGCCAUUGGCGAACCCUUGGAUUUUGGAGAGCGAAUAGUGGUGAGAUCCCGGUCCUCCAACGGCCAUACAUCUCAGAGAACCAUCGAAUGGACUAUCAGCCCUGAUGUUCCGGAGACCAGUUUCGUGGAUGAAAAGGAUUUCUCCAAGCUGGUUUCAGCCGUCCUUCUGAACGCCAUCAAGUUCACAGAAAAUGGAGAGAUCAAGAUGGUGGGUCGCAUGUCCGGAAAUUCAAAGUUCUUGAUUCUCCGUGUUUCAGAUACAGGAGAUGGAAUUCCUGAAGACUUCCAGCCUGAGUUGUUCAAGGCCUUCUCGCGCGAAAAUGACUCUCUCACACGCUCAAGAGAAGGCCUUGGCCUCGGCCUCCUGGUCGCCAAGGGAUUGGCACGCCGCCUGGGUGGUGAUAUUCUCUUAAUCAGGUCAAAUGUCUCCGGACCAGACAGGGGCUCUGAGUUUGAGAUUCGAGUCCCCUUGGAUUCGUCCGAUGGUGUUAGCAGCCGGACUGCGACACCUCGCAGCGCAACACCAGAGCAUACACGGAGCAUUACACGACAUCUAACGGGAAUCAGUGGCUCGACCAGGACCUCGUCGCCAUUUGCGGUUUCUGACGUCAAGAACACAUCUCCUACCGGCACCAGAUCUUCCAAACUACAUACUCAAAAUGGCAGAAAAGUUGCAACGCCCCAAGAGGCAGCCAAGCCAAUUUCCCAUGUCAAUGUACCAUUCCGGAAAGCAUCCUACGACCGAGCUCUGGCUGAAAAGUACCCCCUGACAUUUCUGGUCGCCGAAGAUAAUAAGAUCAACAGGAAGCUAUUGGUGAACAUGUUAGGCAAACUAGGUUACAAGGAAGUGUAUGAGGCAUAUGAUGGCAAGGAGGCGGUCCGGGUGAUGCGGGAACUGCACAACCCAACACGGCGAGGAAGUGGACCGAACCAGAAACGUCGACGAAAAGUCGAUGUUGUGCUCAUGGAUCUCUGGAUGCCAGAAAUGGAUGGCUAUGAAGCGACCCAGCACAUCUUGAGCAUGUUUUCUGGCCACGAUGGGUCAGGCGGACCUCACGACAAGAACACCAGCCCACCAAUCGUCCUAGCAGUCAGUGCCGACGUGACGGAUGAAGCCAUCAGUCGGGCGACCAAGAGCGGCAUGGAGGGCUUCAUGACCAAACCGUACAAGCUGAUGGAUUUACAGAAAUUAAUCGUGGAAUUUUGCGUUCGAAGCGAAGGCGUCAGCGGAUAAAUCUAACCGCAGGGGGCGAACUCUCAAGCAAUAUCGGACUUGAUUUAUUGUCUCUCUUUGGCAUUUGGCCUGGAGAUGUCUUUUAUGGCUGUAAAAUAGCGUUCAUGCGAUGUCUGAUGAUGUCUACGAAAAGAGAGAUUUAUUAGAAGAACGAGCAAAAUGUUUUAUAUGCAUGACAUGAAAAGAA